AUGGCUGCCGCAGGAGACACAGCCGGCGACAAAAUGGCCACCGCAGCUUGCCUUCAGUCACACCAUCAAGAUUCUUGGGCUGUGGUGGUGGCUACUGCCCAAUUGGCGAAACGAGCCGCUGUCGCUGGAGCCAGGAGGGAAGCGACAGAUUCUGCGACUGGUGAAAUCCCGCAACGGUUCCCAAGAAGAGACUCUGAGACCCUCCUGACCCUCCUGGGGGUUCCUUAUGUUCAGGCUCCAGCAGAGGCAGAGGCCACCUGUGCCGCUCUGGUGAAGUCCGGCCGCGCCACGUGCACAGCCACGGAGGACUUGGACGCCCUACCUUUCGGCAGUCUGCUCCUGCUACGGCACCUUAACGCGAAGAAAGGUGACUUGGAGGAGAUCUCCCUGCCCGUCGUUCUGGAGAAGCUGGGAAUGACUCAGGAGCAGAAGCACCCGGCGCCUGCCAACUGGCCCCUGGAGGAGGCACGGCGACUCUUCCUGCAGCCGAAGGUGGCCGAGCCAAGCCAGGUGGUGUUGGAGUGGAAAGAACCGGACGAGGCUCGGCUGGUGCAGUUUCUUGCUCACGAGAAGCACAUGAA